AUGUUCAAUGCCAAAUUCUGGGCUUUACGUCUCAGUCUCUUCUGUCUGUUAGGAUAUAAGAAAAUUGAUUUAGGAGAACUUUUUAAGAAUGCAAAAUUUUCUCGUAGAUUUCCGAAUGUUAAAGUUUUCCUUCCUAAAAAGGAAGACCUCAAAAUUUGUAAAUUACGACAUUGGUAUCCAGGUGUAGGUGACAAGAAAGAAGAUAACGAAAUAGACACAGAAGAUAACAAAAUAGAUAACAAUGACAACACGAAAGAUGACAAAAUGGAUAAUGACGAAAAUGACGAGAUGGAAAACAAUGAAGAUGACAAAAUGGAUAACGACGAUGACGAAAUGAAUGACGACGAUAUGGAAAGAGUGAAUGAAAAUUAUACAAAAAUAGAUUAUCCUUAUUCGGAUAUCAGCAAAAAUAUAAGCUAUACCUUCUGCAAUACUAAUGGGGCAGAUUGGGAUAUUUUCAGGUUUCUUAGAAUAGUGAAUGAUAAGUUCUUAUGCAUUGCCCAACAAAUGAAAAUAACAAGUGUUGAUACGAAUAAACCAAUGAUUAUUAACCAGGAUUUAUUCAAUAAUGAGCAUACAAAGGUUACCAAAGCCAUGAAAUGUGUUCCAGCAGAAGAAUGGAUUUUAUUAUUUCUAACGAAUUCAGAUAUGCGAGAUCUGACUAUAAAGAUGAAAGAAAGCAAUGCGUUAGUAUCUAGGAAUGAAUUUCUAGAGUUCUAUGGUUAUACAUAUGCCAGUAGAGUGCAAUUUGCGUCCACAAACGAAAAAAUAUUUAUCAAUUCGACAGAUGAAAAUUCGCUUAAAAUCUUAGACUUCAAUAAGAAAGAAAGGUGUAGGAUAUAUGAGGAAUGCUAA